AUGCAGAACCCGUACUUGCUGGAGAACCACCGGCGGGUACACACGGGAGAACGCCCCUUCGACUGCUCGGAGUGCGACAAGAACUUCCCCCGCAACCAGACCCUGCUGCGGCACUUCCGCAUGCACUCCGGCGAGAGGCCCUUCAGCUGCUUCACCUGUGGCAAGCGCUUCAAGACAGCACAUGAGCUGAUGAACCACCAGCGGGUGCACACAGACGAGAAGCCCUAUGGCUGCUCCACCUGUGGCAAGAACUUUGCCUGGUUGUCUGGGCUACGGCAACACCGGCGGGUGCACACGGGCGAGAAGCCCUUUGUCUGCUCCACGUGCAGCAAGGGCUUUGCCUGCUUGUCGGGGCUACAGCGGCAUCAGCGGGUGCACAGCAGUGAGCGGCCCUUCGCCUGCUCCGACUGCGGCAAAGGCUUCAAGUCGUCGCUGGACUUGUUGAUGCACAGGCGCAUUGAGGUCGUACAUAGCGUCUCGACGGGCGUACGCAGCGUCUCGGCCGGGGUACGCAGCGUUCGGCCGGCGUACGCAGCGUCUCGGCCGGCGUACGCAGCGUCUCGGCCGGCGGACGCAGCGUCUCGGCCGGCGUACGCAGAGUCGACGGCGUACGCCUAG